AUGGAGAAGCAGCAUCGCCUUCAAGCGGAGGCGGACAAUUAUCGUCACCUCAGGAGCUUGCAAGGACAUCAGAUCCCCGCCUGUCUUGGAUCCUUUCAGCCACGGGUCGCGUAUUGGUACUAUGGUGAAUUAAUGGCCGAGAUGAUGGUCUUGAGCUGGUCAGGAAAGCGGCUUCAGCAUAUAAUUAAUGACGAGAAUUCCAGUUUCUUCAACCAGGAGCGCAAGAAAGCUCUGACUGUGCUUCGGUCGCACGGAGUCGUCCACAACGAUAGUGAGUGGCGCAAUAUGUUGUGGGAUGAUAUCAGUCGCCAGUUAAUUGUCAUUGACUUGGAGGAUGUGAAAUUGUUGAAGCGCCGUCAGGUUCUUGCAUCAACUUCUGGCAAUGCCUGGCGUGGUUAUCGCGUCGGCGCGGGGAAAACCACAGACCACCGCGUUAGUCGACUCAGUUGA